GACUACAAAUCCCACCGUGCACCGCGCGCGCGGCGGGUGGGUUGUGGGCGCGCUUGCAGGUGCUACCAGCUCGCGGCCGCCCGCCCGCCCGCCCGGAAGUGUCCGCAGCCGCGAUGGAGCUGCGGGAGCCGGGCGCUCGGUAGCCUGGCCGCUGCCAUGGCCCUGAUUGAAGGAGUGGGUGAUGAGGUGACGGUCCUUUUCGUGGUGCUCACCUGCCUGCUGGCGAUGGCCCUCGCCUGGGUCUCCACCCACACAACCGAGGGCCCCCAGCCGCCGCUGCCCCAGCCGCCGGAGACCCCGGCGCCAGCACAGCCAGCAGAAGCCAUGGCAGGGGGUGACAGCGUCCGAGGGGAGGCGCCGGGAGCAGAGACCACCAGCCUGAGACACAGAGGUUUGACCACACAGCCACCGGGGCCGGGCACGGGGCAGCCCGCCAUGCCACCCCCAGCCCCGGACUCCCCCCAAGAGCCCCUGGUGCUUCGGCUGAAGUUCCUCAACGAUUCGGAGCAGGUGGCCAGGGCCUGGCCCCACGACACCGUGGGCUCCCUGAAAAGGACCCAGUUUCCCGGGCGGGAGCAGCAGGUCCGGCUCAUCUACCAAGGGCAGCUGCUGGCCGACGACUCGCAGACCCUGGGCAGCCUGCACCUGCCCCCCAGCUGCGUCCUCCACUGCCACAUAUCCACUCGGACGGGCCCCCCGCACGCCCCUUGUCCGCCCGGGGCCGAGCCCAACCCCUCCGGGCUGGAGGUUGGCAGCCUACUGCUGCCCCUGCUUCUGCUGCUGCUGCUGCUGCUGUGGUACUGUCAGAUCCAGUACCGGCCCUUCUUCCCGCUGACCGCCACCGUGGGGCUGGCCGGCUUCACCCUGCUGCUCAGCCUGCUGGCCUUCGCCAUGUACCGUCCGUAGUGCCUCCCCGUGCCCUGGGCACCACGGGGCCCUGCUCCCCGCGCCACAGGGACAGCUGCUGCCUGCCGAGGCCCGCGUCUCCGUCCUGCCUCUUCUCGCUGCCCUGGAGCCCUGCCCUGCGCCGGAGAGUCCCUCCCUGUGACCUGCACGGCUCGGGGCCACCUCCCCGGGCUGCCUGCCCGCAGGCCCCACUGACCGAGGCCUCCUUGGGGCCAGACAGCUGUUGUCGCUGCCUGGGCCCUGGGCAGAGCCGGGCCACGCCCCUGGGCCAUGCCAAGGGCUCGGGCUGAAGACUCUGCCACCUCUAGACUCUCAGGUGCCCUUGGAAUGAUUGGGGGGCCCCGGGGGCAAGUGGUGAAGGGGCGUUGGGAGGGGCUUCUCUGCAAUCCGAGCGGAUUAAAGAACUGUGAAGUUUUCA